AUGUCUAGAUCGGCUAAAAAGGCAACCGUGCCUCAGGAAAGAUACAAUCCUCUCAUCAAGCCAACUGAUGAGGCCUGGAUUGCCGCCCUUAACCAAUUCAAAGAAUUGCUUAGUUUGCCUACUCUUCGGACGGAGCAGGUCCUGGAGGAGUACUUCACACCCCAUGAGCGGAAGCUAUUUAUGCCAGCUACGGAGCCUCGUAGUUUGAGAGACUGCCAGGAAGACUACACCAGGCGAUAUCGAAACUUGGUUACGAGUAGAUUCAAAGGGUGUCAGCCGUCACUGGCGAUGAAGUUUACAAUGCUCUACUUCGGUCUGCCUGUCGAGCCAGUUUUAUCUGAGCUGGUCCAGUUUGCGAAACCUGACUUCGAUGUAGACGAUUGGGAUGAGCUCUGCAAUACCGAGGUUCGCCCUCCUCUGCACUUCCUGACAGCUCACGACCAGAGGAAUUUUGGAUACGACCACAUGAGAGGAAGAGAGGCUCAAUAUAGCACUAUUCCUGUGCCAGCUUCUCAAAUGUCAGACGCCACCGGAGAAGGACUAAGUCUCCGAGGAGGAGGCAACGAUGACGACGCCCGCAUGGAAGAUGCGGAUUGUCCGCCAAGCGAUGAUGCAAACAGAAACACUGGCCUAUACGACACCGCGACGACCCUGGGAAAGCAAGACGAUGAUUUCUCAGAUGACAGUUUCAGCGGUGGGACCAUGACGCUGCCUGGAUUGGGGAUAUCAAGCAAAGCCAUUCCAGGGAGACAACCUACAAGCUCGAUGAACACCCCUGAGAGGCCCGACAUACAUGAAGAGCGCGCCGGAUUCUCAUACCCCACGCCUGACCCGAAGCGACUUCAGACGCAGUCGACGGUGGCCUCCAGGACGGAAAGUCAAGCAGCAGAGCCUUACAAAGCACAUGGUUGGAUUCCUCUCUAUGGAUACCAAGGCAGAAUUAUGUUCGAUCCCGAUGAAAUGUCCACGUUCCAAGCGGCCGCGAGAAAACUUCUGUCUCUACGUCAACGGGAACAGAGUGACCUCGUCCUUGUUGAAUUCGACCGAACGACUGCGAAAAUUGUACGGCAGUUCGAGGACAACAUUCCACUCAAUCCCGUUAGUGAUCUUGCGAAACACCUGGGCCAGACCACCGAGUCCGAGUCCAACUCCGCCUGGUUUGUGCUUCGCAGGGGUGAAGCGAUGCCCGCUGAAUGGGAGCCCCCAAAGUCCUUCUUCUCAACUACGCUCAUCAGGUUGAGUCAUACUGACGAAGGCGGGCGGAAGAACUUCUCGUACUGCAAAGUGCCUAAUCGUAAACGGUUUUUUGGACCCAAGAUUAGCGGUUUUACACACCCUUCCAUGAGACCCUGGGGCGCCAACCAAUUUAUGCCUUUUCUCACAACGGCACAAGAAGUGCUGGUCGGAAGACCGGACCGACCAGGAGGAGGCCAUUGCGAUCUCGUCAUCUCUUCUGGUGAUGACAACGACGAGGUAUACUCAUCGCGGUGGUAUGGUGGUCUAGAGAUUCACCGCAACCUCUGGAAUAUGAUGCACCCCUUCAUCAGCAAGGGGAAAGCAUUCAAAGUCGAGACUCACCCCUUCGCCGACAAGUCUGUUGUGUUCUACCUGCCGGGGAACUUGAACAAUGCCAUCACUCUGAAGAAUCGAGAGUGCCUUCGCCGGACAGGCUCCGGUGACCCUUACCCCGAUGCCCUGCGGCAAGUCGGUGCGAUAACAAGUAGCAUCAAAAUGCCCAUGGAGCCCUCUCACUAUCUGAUUUGGCGCGGGAUCGACUAUUUCAACCCACUGGUCAGUUAUCCCGUUGGAACUUACGACCCAGUUCGGUGGAAUCAUCUGGAUCAGGAUUCUUCGGAACAUGCCCAACAGGCACUUUCAAGGCUCAUUGCCCGUUCCGUUGACAACCAAAGUGAGCCAUGUCAGUUCUUCGUAAUCCAGCCUGUGGACAAACCCGAAGAACCAUGUGUGAUUGAGACGAUUGAUGGACAAACGGGUCAGGCGACAUUCAAUAUGGAACCGCAUACAAUGCACAAAUUGAAAUCCAAAGUCAGAACUCUGUAUGACGGAGACAACGAAGUCGACUAUGAUGCCGAAAGGGACAGCAUCAUCAUAGAGUCCAUUUUCGAUGAGGAUAAGAAUGAAUCAGCAAACUGGACCCCGACCAGCUUUGUUCUUCGGCCAGAAGCCGCCGACUCCGAGGUAGCCAUGGUCCGGCGUCUCCUCCUGGCUCAGUUAAUGCAAGUAGGGGUAUUGAAAAAUGAAGAUGACGAGUUGGAUUUUGUCAAAAGCGUAGUCGAAGCGACUGAAACCAAUAACCACUGGGGGCCUCGGUAUGGCGAAGUGACGCCCUUCCGGAGAGAGUUGUCUUUGCCAGCCAUUGUUGCUCCUGGCCAACUCCACUCCGUGGUUUUUCAUAAGCCACAGACGCCGCCUCCACUGCCAAGAGCAGCUCGUCAAUCACCGAGAGCGCCUGAACAGCCACCUCGAGAGCGGAGUUAUGUGCAACAGCCAAGUAUCUUCGACAAGGGAAUAUGGAACCCGUCCUUUCCGAUCAACGCGCCGCCCGUUGAGGCCGUCAUGAGGACCGGGGGAGGCCGAGUGCCGAUGGUCACCAAAAAUGUUCUGACGCCCACUGAACAGCGACAGCUACAGGACAAACUCUGGAAUCUCUCGAAGAUCAAGCUGGCCCGACUCUUCCCGUGUCCGUACCAGAAGUGCCGAUUCACACAUCGCCAGGAUGAGGAAGAGAAGCUCCUGGAGCAUCUGGAGAAGACUCACGUCGGAGAGAAAUGCCCGUGGUGUGACACCCAGCUCUUCAAACACUGGUCUCAUAAACAAAAGGAAGAGCACUACAUAAACACCCACGCAGACCAACUGCGAAAGGUGCUCCAACUUCCAGAGACACCUAGUACACGUCCACUGGUGGCCCAGAAGGCUAUUCCCGAAAGAUUGCGCUAUAAACCUGCGACGACCGCGACAUCCCUUUCCACGUUUAGAAUCACCGAACAAGCCAGACCGCCAGUGGGCCCGUUGCCUCGGCCAGAACAGCCGUCUAAGGCCAGCGAUAGGGAGGUAGACUAUCGAUACUGUGAUCGUUGCGGUCGUGACCACACGGAACUCGACAACCCAGAUGACCGAGAGCAUCAUGAUCGUGUCUGCGUCCCCUUGGCCGAGGGAUCCGGACAGUGUACGUUUUGUAGAUUAUGCGGAGAUCGAGAGUGGAAGACUGAGAAAGAUGCAAGUGAUCAUGCACCUUUCGACACGUAUCCUCACAAAUGCCACGGCACUCUCCACGAGGCGAAGCCGCAUUGCACCAAGUGCGGCUUCUCGAUGAAAAAAGUCUCAGCCGAGGAUAUCGACAAGCACCGCUCUCACUGCAGAGGUUUCUAUGGCACCCUAGGUUGUUUCUGUCCGUACUGCCAGAAAUCUGCUGUGGGCGAUGGAAAACGAAAAUCGGCUGAUGACAUCAAAAAGCACAUCACCGAAUGUCCUGCAAAAGAGGGUGACAAGCCGACCCCUUACGAAAUCUACCCAGAGGCCUUCUGGAAGGACAUUGACGCGUCGGUCGACCCUCUCUUCGUCGGGGCCCAAGGCACCUCCGCGGCCUUAUUGAGACGACAACAUCGUCCCCGUGGGCCUGCUCGAUUUCUCAGUUUCCCUCUCAUGUGGUAUGAUAAGCCAGGACCAAUGCCCGCGCAAGAUCCGCCUUCUGAAUGCCCCGCUGCCGGGUGUCGUGAACCUCUGUUCGGCUUGACGCCCUCCGAGGUCCUGGGGCACUUUGAGAAGAAGCAUGACGGGGAGCCUCUAAGACAUUGUCCGCUCUGCCAUCUGACAUUCAGGAGACCCAAGGAAUACCGUGAGAAUAAACCGGAGCUUGGGGAGUGGGAGGAUAGGAAAGACCAGGUCUCUCAUAUGGAGUGCCACGUCUAUCAACUUUGGGAUAUUCUGAACAACAGGGGGCCGCCUCCCGCCUUCGUCAACCAGGAACCCUUCAACCCGGGCCACAGCCUUUGGGAUCCCGAAAACGAGAGCGCACUGGACCGGCGUGACAAGCGCUGUCCUCACUUUGACAAAUGCGGCGCCAUGGUGGGCUUCAUGAACCAACGGCAGUGGAACGAGCAUGUGAAGAUGGCGCAUGCUACUGAGAACUUUGAGACAGAGAUGGUCCGCGACACGAACGCCGAAUUUGCGGCCGCUCGUGAAGAGAGAAGAAAGCAGAGGAUUCUCGAAGGAAAGCAGCCAAUCCCAGGUCAGCUAAGGCCAAAACAUACACAAGAUGGGGAACCGGGGGCACCCACCACAGGGAGGCGGUCGACGGUGACAGUUACCUCCGUUCAACCUGAUGAUCGCCCACCGUCCAGAAGAAACCGAGAAGAUGACCAAGGUCCCGAGAACCAUGGGCCAGAGAUUCCUCUCUCAAGGGGUGUUCGUCUUCGGGUUACUAGCCCCCAAGACGGCCCUGCUGGAGGAUCAACCCCCGAGGGUACCAUUCGCGGAAACUCUGAUCAUGGAGACAACUGUACCAGUGAGUCUCGGUCGAUGAUUGCCCCUCCGCCUACAGUUCCCAGACCAUCUGCAGCCACUACUUCAGAAAAGUAUCUUCGCCAAGUCGAGAAGCCUUCGAAAGCGAAAGAGACGCACACGACUAAACUUUCCAAGAAGCCGACUUCGACCCAAAAGCGACCUGUGACCACAAAGACGAACCAUACGCCGAAAUCAAAGGCCAACACUACGCCCGCGGCUAAAUUUGUGCCGGACGAGAAUAUGUAUUGUUCACGGUGCUUCCGCAAGGCUCCCAAGAAGAAAGCAAAAAGGCCUAGGCAGGAUGAUCCUCCUAGACAGGAGCAGAUAGAUGCACACUCUGAUCCAAGACGUAGCUGUCGGAUUCCACCACGAGAAAGUUAUUACAGGGUUGACAGUCAAAAAAACCCUAUAUUGCCAAGUAGAGUGGGUUGGAUUCGCAAGAGAAACGCCAAAUUUGGCGACCUCAGGAGGGCCUUUAUCAAAGACAACCCAGACUUGGAAAAGACAAUGUGCCCCACGGAUAAUAGUAAGAAUCGUACAGGCAAUGGUUGGCCGUGGGACCCAAACAACCCCAUCAACCGAGAUAGCUGGGGAUUAGUUUGGCGGGGUCGAAAAGGCGAUGGCAGCUAUGGGAACGACGAUGAUGGCGAGGGAGAUUACAUACAAGGGGAAGAGCAAACCGAGGAUGAAGAUGAAGAGAUGGAUUCGGGCGUCGAUGACGAUGAGGAAGAGGAGGACGGAGGUGAGGCCGAGAAUGAGGGAGGAAGCGAGGAAGCUGGUGAAGACGACGACGACGACAAUGACGAUGACGAGCAGGACCGUCGGGUUGGUGCCGGAGGCGACUCCGGGACCCGUCCUAAACGGAAGCGCAAGUCGUAUCGAGGGUUUCUGACUCACGACCCAACAUACCGUGAUCGUGGGGAGGAGGACGAUCUAAGCCAGGCCAGCCCCAGCGAGUUGGUGUCGGAGAGUGGGGACGAGGGAGCCGGGGGUGCUAGUGGGUCGUCUGGUGGAAAGCGGAAGCGUGAGACCGGCGAGACAACAGGACAGGGUAGCAAGGGGGUUAAGUACCAGACACAGGAGAGGAAUCGCAAGAAGACCAAGGUGGCUGAUAAUGCUCGGGGGCGUUGA